GGUGCGGCGCCGCCCGCCGCUCUGCAGCCUGUGAGCAGCCUCUGGCGUGGGCUGCUGUGCGGGCUGCGCCCCGCUUCCGCGCUGUCUCUGGGCCCUCCUCGGUGUCAGGGGGGGUGUGUCGCCUCAGCAGGAGCUCCUGGAGUCUGUGACCCUGCCUGUGGGCUGCCCAGCCGCCUUACUGCCUCCCCGGGGGGUGGAAAACUGGGUAGACAGGACUGUUACUGAGCGUUACUGCAGCCCUCUGUUAUCGGAGAAGAUAAAUGAAGUGAAUGUUGUUAUGCAGUGUAGCCCUAAGCAGGAAAACUGAGGCACCUACCUUCGGGGAACUGUCCAAAGCCCUAAAUAAUUGUGGGGAGUGUUGACUUGCAAGAUAAAUGGGGACUCAUGCCCUUGUUACAGAGCCAGGAAGACCUGAGUUGCCAGAAAUUGCUUUUCAUCUGAAGAUGGAAGAACCAGGGUUUGAUAAAUUGGCAUCUCUGUGCAAUACUCCAAAGGAUUCUGGGACAGCAGCUCCACAGAGCACUAGUUCAGGGAGACAGCCAAUGAGUGCAGCUCUGAGGGAAAGAUUAAGGAAAACAAGACGUUCAUUUAAUGCUAGUUUUGCAGUGGCAAAGCGGCUCAAAAUAGACACUGAAGAAAAAGACUGUGCUGCUUCUGAUGAAGCUUCUCUAUCAAAGAAGAAUACAGAUUUUUCCAGAGUACAAGAUAGUCCUGAAAGCCUGGAAAGAAACUGCUCUAGACAUGAGUGUUUCGGAAGUUCUCUACAGAAAAACUCUCCCUGUGGAUCAACAGAGCAUUCUUGUGUGCUGGGGACUAAUCUUAGUCACCAACAGUCCCUGGAAGAGAAAGUACGCCUGGUGAAACAAGUGCAAGAGAAAGAAGAUCUACUUCGAAGGCUCAAACUGGUCAAGAUGUACAGAUCUAAGAAUAACCUGUCUGAACUGCAGGCUUUGAUAGUGAAAUGGAGAAGUAGUACCCAGCUGAUGCUAUGUGAGCUACAGUCAGCCUUUUCUGCAGAUGGCAAGAAAGUCAGUCUCACUCAGCUGAUAGAUAAUUUUGGAUUAGAAGACAAGUUAUUGCACUACAGCAGAACAGAAGAAGACUUUGUAGAUACAUAAUCUACAAGUGCAAAACUUUCAAUUACAAAUGUGCAUAAUUGGAGAAGACUGAAUAUAAACCUUGUGUAAGAAGUGUUAUUCUGACUAGCAGACCUCAUGCUUUGGGAGAUUUUUCUCAUGAGGUAUUUGUAAAGCUAUAUACAUAGGUAUGGUAGGCACUGUAAAAGGCAUUAUUUUGUGGAAAAGAUUUAUCUCAUAUUGACUGUUUUGCAGAACCUGGCUUGAACUUGAUCAGUGAAUAGUUUAAAAAAAAAUCAAGUUAUAUUUUAAUGGGUAGUCUUUGAUUGUCCUUGCAUAUUUACUUGUCUUGAAAUAAUGAGCUCAAGCUUACUGUCAUUUCUGUUGAAAUUCAUGUGGGGAAGUGUUCAGUUCUUUGUUCAUAGACAUAUCCCCAUUUUACAAAUUUUUUGCUGCUGCCAGUCAGUUAAUUGUGCAUUUUGUGAGUUAAGUAGAGAUAAAUCAGUUGCAUAUAGUUAAUGUUCUGAAGCUGCAAUGAGUUGUUCUCCAUAGCUUUAACUAUUAGUGAGGGAAAUGUGCCCUAAUGCAGUCAUUUCUAGACACUGGUCUGGACGGUUGUAUUUUGGGAAACUAUGCCUCUGAAGCAUUCUGCCACAGUCUGAAAUAAUGGGAGUGAAGAAAAUUGCAGCCAACAUGUCUACUCUGCUGCUUCAUGUGAGAGCCAAGGCUUUCUCUCUCUUCAAAUAUGUAGGAAAAACAGGCCUCAUCUAAUGGGAGUGCUUCAGCUAUGGUGUCACUUGCCUUUCUGUAAUAAAGCUGAAUAAAGCUUUAGUGUUUCAUUUAUCAUACUCAUUAAAAUGUUUUUUUAAUUUUUUUAAUCUUAA